AUGUCGCCCGCAGACAGCGAGUCCGCCUACUUCAACAACUACCCUCCACCCAAAGCCCUUUCCAAACAUGAAUCGCUCGCCAGAUCGUUUAUAGAGUACCAUGUCGAAUCCAGUCGGCGCGUAGUACUCGUCACCUCCGGAGGAACAACGGUUCCUCUCGAAAACCAAACUGUUCGCUUCAUCGACAACUUCUCUGCAGGAACGCGAGGAGCGACAUCCGCUGAAUACUUCUUGGAGCAGGGCCACUCGACGAAUUGCUUCCUGGAUUUCAUGGACGAGGCGUUUCCGAGUGAUGUUAGCCGUUCAGAUCAUGGUCCUAUCGUGGUGCGGAAGGAGUACCAGGAUGAGAUGCGCGACGUGCUUCGAAAGUACAGAUACGCGAAACAGAACAAUCUUCUUCUGCUGCUUCCAUUCACAACGGUCUCCGAGUACCUUUUCGAACUGCGCAUGCUCGCCAAGUGCAUGAACCCGCUCGGUCCUAAUGCGCUGUUCUACCUCGCCGCAGCGGUUAGUGACUUUUUCAUCCCGCGCGACCGAAUGGCAGAGCAUAAGAUCCAAUCCUCCGAAAUACCAAAGGAGUUCCAAGGUAACGAUGAAGCUGUGGGUGCCGAUGACCUUUACACGGGCGGGUUCGAACAGAAGCAGGAGUCGAGCAAAAAGUUGGUCAUUAACCUAGACCCGGUUCCCAAAUUCCUCCAUCAACUCGUAGAUGGCUGGUCACCGGAGGGUAGCAUGAUCGUGUCGUUCAAGCUCGAAACCGAUCCCAAUCUCCUCGUCUAUAAGGCUCAGACGGCGCUCCAGCGGUACGCCCACCACCUAGUUAUUGGAAAUUUGCUUUCUACCAGAAAAUGGGAGGUUGUCUUCGUCACACCGAACCCACCUUAUGAGCGCUGGAUUCGAGUUCCCAAGUCGCGCCGGAGUAAGAGCAUCUCCGGCGUCGAAGACCAGGUGGGCAAGGCUGAGGCAGCGAAGCGGUCAUCAGGAGACCAGACCUUGGCGGCCCCAGUGGGUGAAGAGCCGUCUAAGGAAGAAAAGGACGGAGAAGGCACGUCCCGUGAGGGCACGGAGAUUGAAAGCUUGAUCAUACCAGAGCUAGUCAAACUGCAUUCGGAGAUGAUCGAGAAGUUCAAGCGAUAG